AUGGAAGGUCAACGGAUCCAGGCCGAGCGACCGGGCUGCUUCGCUGCUCGGCCCCAGAGCGGAGCGAACGAUUGCCCCAUAUGGAUUGGAAAUCUGUGCACAACUUCUUCAACCAAGCGGAGCACUUCUGCAGGUAACAAAGAAUCCAGUUCUACUAGAGAAAGACUACGUGAACGUACCCGACUAAACCAGAGCAAAAAACUACCUUCUGCAGGUCAGGGAGCUAACGAUGUGGCAUUGGCUAAACGUUCCCGCAGUCGCACUGCUAUGGAAUGUGAUGUUCGCAUGAGCAAGUCUAAAUCGGACAAUCAGAUCAGUGACAAAGCUGCUUUAGAAGCUAAAGUGAAAGAUCUUCUCACACUGGCAAAAACUAAAGAUGUGGAAAUUUUACAUUUGAGAAAUGAACUCCGAGACAUGCGUGCUCAACUGGGCAUUAAUGAAGAUCAUUCUGAGGGUGAUGAAAAGUCUGAGGAGAAGGAAACCAUUAUUGCUCACCAGCCAACUGAUGUGGAGUCUACUUUAUUGCAGUUGCAAGAACAAAAUACUGCCAUCCGUGAAGAACUCAACCAGUUGAAAAAUGAAAACAGAAUGUUAAAGGACAGGUUGAAUGCACUGGGCUUUUCCCUAGAACAGAGGUUAGACAAUUCUGAAAAACUGUUUGGCUAUCAGUCCCUGAGCCCAGAAAUUGCCCCCGGUAGCCAAAGUGAUGGAGGAGGAACUCUGACUUCUUCAGUGGAAGGCUCUGCACCUGGGUCAGUGGAGGAUCUCUUGAGUCAGGAUGAAAAUACACUCAUGGACCAUCAGCACAGUAACUCUAUGGACAACCUAGACAGUGAGUGCAGUGAGGUUUAUCAGCCUCUUACCUCGAGUGAUGAUGCCCUCGAUGCACCAUCAUCUUCAGAGUCAGAGGGCAUUCCAAGCAUGGAGCGCUCUCGUAAAGGGAGCAGUGGGAAUGCGAGUGAAGUGUCUGUUGCUUGCUUAACAGAAAGAAGACAUUCCAUAAGUGGACCGAUCUCAACAUCCAAGCCCCUCACAUCCUUGUCAGAUAAGAGACCAAACUAUGGAGAGAUCCCAGUUCAAGAGAAUACAGUUAAAAAACUCCAGGACCAAAAACAUGACAUGGAAAGAGAAAUCAAGACACUUCACAGGAGACUUCGGGAAGAAUCUGCAGAAUGGCGGCAGUUUCAAGCUGAUCUACAGACUGCGGCAGUCAUCGCAAAUGACAUUAAAUCUGAAGCCCAGGAGGAGAUUGGCGAUCUGAAGCGCCGGUUACAUGAAGCUCAAGAAAAAAAUGAGAAACUCACAAAAGAGUUGGAGGAAAUAAAAUCACGCAAGCAAGAGGAGGAGCGAGGUCGAGUAUACAACUACAUGAAUGCUGUUGAGAGAGAUUUGGCAGCCUUAAGCUGCAAUUCCUCGAACACCUCUGAGUCCGAGUCCUAUGAAAACCCCUCCUGCGGCAGCUGUAUCUCCCAUGCAGAGACAUUCCAUAAGUGGACCGAUCUCAACAUCCAAGCCCCUCACAUCCUUGUCAGAUAA